AUGGAUUACGGACCGCGACCACCAAACAGGCCAAAGAUGGAGAAGUGGUGGAACGAGCAUUGCGAAGCUCAAGCCAAACAGCUUCCAAUUCUACCCAAUCCUCGACCCCGCGCUUUGACGCCGAGUCUGACUCCAGGUGAUGAUGGUAUAUCCAGUUCAGCACCCAUACCGCUCUACCAAGAGUCCUGUUUCUGGUUCAAGGUUCCGCCCAAUAUCCGAAGAGAUAUUCUGCGACUUGCCUUUGGAGAUACACGUCUUCAUAUUUACCUGCAUUAUCACCAUCGCAAUGCCCCCCCAGACCCAGACUCCAAAUAUCACUGCAGAUUAGUUACAGAGCCCGAGAGUUGGGGUAACAAGCGCUUUCCAGUGACCGAUCAAAGCCAGGCAGAGGGAUGGCAGUGGCGGGGCUCUAGAUGCCAUCGUUAUCCCCCCAACAUGGCGAAAGACCCAGGCCCAAUGACUCACGAUGGUUUGAAAGGCCCGUGGGAUGACUACUGCUGUAAUGGCGGUGAUCCGGAUAUCUGUGAAGCUUGGAGAGCCGAAGAAGGCUCUUCUGCGUGCAAUAUCGGCGUCAUGGGUUGGCUCUUAUCAUGCAGGCAGAACUACCUGGAGACCAUCGAAGUCUUGUACUCCACCAACACGCUGAUGCUGGGUGAAGUAUGCAUGGUCGAGCAUCUUCCCUUCCUUAUCCCCCCUCAGCGAUUUGAGAUGAUGACUUCUCUGGAAAUCACCUGGUCGCUGAAAACACACUACACCGCCAAUCAGGACUACGACGAUAUGGACGAGAGUCACCUGAAACUUGUAUUAGAUCUUCUAUCACCUUCAAAAUUCCCUGCGCUCCGUCGACUUUACAUAUGGUUCGCCAAAGGCCGGCCCUGUUGGCUUAAUACCAAUGGUGUUGAGAUAUAUCAGAAAACCAUCUUGGAGCAAUUGGACCUUUUUGUAAAGGAAAGAACCAAUCUACAAGAAUGCGGAUUUGCUCUCCCUCGAUGCUUCUUCAAAAGGAUAGUCGCUGCUGCUAAAGGUAUUACUCUAGACGAAGUGGAAGAAUGGGAACUGCUCCACACAGUUCCUCCUCAUGGACAAGUCUGGCGAGACGUUAAUGGAGAUAUGACUGUUUUACAGUUGCCAUACGUAGACAGCUAUCCAAAAGCUCCAUAUCACAUCCCCGUGAGGGCAGGAUAUUGGAUCCUCGAAUCAUCUUACGACAAUCUGCCCACUUAUCGCAGGACUAGCCCUCCUCCUCCAUGUUUCUAUCCCGCCAGCAUUCCACCAUACCACCAUGGAGGCUUAAGCCACGAUCGAUCACGAGACAAUUCUCAGUCACCACCCUACAGUCCUUUGUCGCCACGUUACAGUCCUUUGUCUCCCGGUUUCAGUCCCAGAUCACCGGCCGGCUCCGAUCAACCUGGCGUCUUUGAAAUAGAUGACACAUAG